AUGAAAGACUAUAAUGAAAAUUCAAAAAAAUUUAAAUGUAAAUUUGAGGGUGUACAGAGGCAAAUGUCACGGAGACACGGAGGAACAGAGGGUCAGUUGAUCUUUUGGAGCAUUUAUGAGAUCGAGUCAGGCUUGAAUAUCCACACCUCUCGGAAACCAAUUAUGAGAUCCCUCGUAACACGAGAGACACUCAACCGGUGA